AUGUACACACUGUGGAAAUUACUGAUUGCUCUGUUCCUUUGCAUCACAUUGGUCAACAGUUCCCGAGUGCUAGAAUUAAGCGAUCGGUUUUUGGACGUUCGGAAUGAAGGCCAAUGGUUUGUGAUGUUUUAUGCGCCUUGGUGCGCCCACUGCAAAAAACUCGAACCGGUGUGGGCACUCGUCGCUCAGGCCUUGUACAAUACGAACAUCCGUGUGGGACGUGUUGAUUGUACGCGGUUUACGGCCGUAGCGCAGCAUUUUAAAGUUAAUGCAUACCCGACGAUAAUAUUCGUCAAAGGACCUUACGAUUAUGUAUACAAUGGGGAGCGUUCCAAGGAGGAAUUGAUUCACUUCGUUAACCGGAUGUCCGGUCCACCGGUGCAGCUAGUUACGCGGGCGGACAGUAUCGACAUACUGAAGUCGAACAAUCCUAUCUUCUUCACGUACGUCGGUAAGCAGUCUGGGUUGCUUUGGGACGUGUUUUACAGUGCGGCAGAAUCGUACCAAGCGCAUGGCUAUUUCUAUGCCACUUCGGUCGAAAUCGCUAAGCGACAUUUUGAUGUCGAUACCGUCCCAUCGGCACUGGUGUACAAGGAACGCAGUCACUAUUAUUUCCCUUACUCGGACAACUUCGAGCGGAUUGAACCGGCCCACUUGAACGAAACACUGUUCCGGUGGGUGAAUGAAGAGCGUUUUGCUACCUUCCCGAAGGUAACGCGCAGUAACAUUCAUCAUCUAGUGCAAACCCAGAAAUACCUCGUACUGGCAGUGGUAGAAGAAAACAAGCUCAGUGAAAUAGCGGCCCACGAGCAGGAGUUCCGCGACAUGGUGGAGAUUUUCGUGCACAAAAACAAGCACAAAUAUCAUGGUCGGUUCCAGUUCGGCUGGGUCGGUACCCCGGAACUGGCGCGCUCGAUUGCGAUGGAUAGUUUGCCGACGCCCCACCUGUUGGUGCUGAAUGCUUCUACCAAUGAGCAUCACAUCCCCGAGGACGAUCCACUGCAGCUGACACCGGAAGCGAUCGAAAUCUUCCUCGACAGCAUCCACAACCAGACGGCACCAACGUUCGGAGGCAAUUCGCUACCGGUUCGUAUUUACCGUGCGUGGUUCGAGGCUAAGACUUCGCUGUACGAGAUGUGGAUCGGUAAUCCGGUACUUACGACGGUGUUGUUUGGUCUUCCGCUCGGCUUCCUAUCGUUGAUUAUGUACUCCAUCUGCUGUGCCGAUAUUCUCGAUGCGGAAGAAGAGGACGAAGGUGCUGAACAGCGACAUGAGAAAAAGGAGUAA